GGUGGGCACCAGAAACUCAAGUCGACCAGAAACACUCCUUUCCGUUGCGACGCGGAAGAAGAUCGAAUCGGCCGAGCGAGCGAUGGCGACGACUCUGCCGCCGCUCCCUCUCCUCUGCCUCCUCCCGCUGCUGCUAGUCGCCUUUGCCACUGCCGGCGGCGGCAGCGGCGGCGGCGGCGGCGAGAACUUCCCGCGGGAUGGGAGGGUGAUAGACCUGGACGACAGCAACUUCGAGGCGGCUCUGAGCUCCAUCGACUUCCUCUUCGUCGACUUCUACGCACCAUGGUGCGGCCACUGCAAGCGCCUCGCCCCCGAGUUAGAUGAAGCUGCACCUGUGUUGGCGGGACUGAGCGAGCCAAUCAUGGUUGCCAAAGUAAAUGCCGACAAAUACAGGAAACUUGGAUCGAAAUACGGAGUGGAUGGGUUCCCAACUCUGAUGCUGUUUAUCCAUGGGGUCCCUAUCGAAUACACUGGUUCAAGGAAAGCUGAUUUGCUUGUGCGGAAUCUUAAGAAGUUUGUUGCACCUGAUGUUUCUAUUCUUGAGUCUGAUUCUGCAAUCAAGAGCUUUGUUGAGAAUGCUGGCACAAGCUUUCCGAUGUUCAUCGGUUUUGGGGUCAAUGAGUCGUUGAUCACUGAAUAUGGAGGAAAAUACAAGAAAAGAGCAUGGUUUGCUAUUGCACAAGAUUUUUCGGAGGAGCUCAUGAUGGCAUAUGGUUUUGAUAAGGCCCCAGCACUGGUUGCGUUGCAUCCGAAGUAUAACGAACAAAGUGUAUUCUAUGGCCCAUUUGAAGGACGUUUCUUGGAAGAUUUUAUACGGCAAUCGCUGCUACCUUUGACUGUCCCCAUCAACACAGAGACACUUAAAUUGUUGGAUGAUGAUGACAGAAAAGUUGUUCUCGCAAUUUUGGAGGAUGACUCAGAUGAAAAUUCUGCACAGUUGGUAACAGUUUUGAGGUCUGCUGCUAAUGCAAACCGUGACUUGGUGUUUGGAUAUGUUGGAGUUAAACAAUGGGAGGAGUUUGUGGAGACUUUUGAUGUUUCCAAGAGCUCACAGUUGCCAAAGCUACUAGUGUGGGAUAGAAAUGAGGAGUAUGAACAAGUGGACGGUUCAGAAAGGUUAGAAGAAGGUGACCAAGCAUCUCAAAUAAGCCAAUUCCUCGAGGGAUAUAGAGCAGGAAGAACAACAAAAAAGAAAGUCAGCGGCCCUUCCUUCAUGGGUUUCAUGCACUCUCUUGUCAGCAUGAACUCAUUAUACAUUCUUAUGUUUGUUGUUGCUCUUCUUGGUGUCAUGCUAUACUUUUCUGGCCAAGAUGAUACUCCUCAGCUAAGACGAAUUCAUGACGAGUGAAGGAAGCUGGUAGUUUCUUGGAUCAAAACAACACGAGGUUAUCAAUCUGGAGAUCUAGCAUAAAGGUGGUAUUGCACAGUUCCAAUUGUUGUUAGCACUGAAGAGGUCGGGCUUUAGCGGUUGCUUCUGAGAUCGUCGUAUCUCUGUCAGCACUCAUCAGGUCCCUCAUUUUUCUGCCCAGCUUUUGUUUCUUGGUUAGAGCUUAGCAACUAGUCUCCCUACAUGUAAGCUAGAAACUCAGCCUGAUUUUGACACUUAUAUGGAACUGUUUCUAUUUAUUUUUUCCCCUGAGGAUUAUAUGGUGUACAAAACGUUUCCGUGUUACAGGUCGUCAUACUUUUGUACAACUGAUAGUGUUAAUAAUGCGUAAUUAUGAUCUA